AUGUUCGCUUCGUCCGCGGCCGUCGCAGACGCUUUCUACCACAUCCUCCGCACCGAUCACGCCUUCACACCCUCCGAGGGACCUCGCGUCUAUACGCUCGUGCUCUACAACGCCGCAUCCGUGGCUCCGCAGAGGGGAUAUGUCGCCGAGCAAGGCGCCCCACCAAGGACCAUUGCUGUGUCUACGGAAAACCGCCUCGCCGUUCUCGAUGUCGACGCCAAGCCCUACUUUCUGGAUAAUUCUGCAGAGUCCACCCCUGGCGAGCAGCUGCUCGCCCUCGGAAGGGAGCCGGCAUUGUACGCCGACAAGUUGGCCGACAUUGCUGCCGCCUUGUUCACCCCGUCCGUGUCCCCAAACAUGCGUCGCUUUCCGCACGAAACCACCUUGGCCUUCACAUUGAAGCUCGUGGAUGUCAGCGCCGUGGUGGGGAGGAUGGGCGGCGUGUCGGGCGACAGCAAGGCGAACAAGCCGUUGGGCUCGACCUUUGAUCCCGCAGUCUUUCACCAGCUCGUGCAGGAUGUGUUUCGCGGCGCGGGGGAGAAGCGCGUGUCCAUUGCUGUCGAGCACGUUGAUGUCGAGAAUGAUCUGGUCAUGGCCAUGGCCUUGGCACGGGCCUUUUCCGUCGAAGGCUUGGAUAUCGCGCUGGACAGCGAGAGCUUGAAUGUAGAUUUGGUGCAGAAUGAGACGGAAGGCGCUGCAUAUUUUGUGGACAAGUCGUUUGUAGCACAUGUGCCGAUGGUGUUGUUUUCAUUCGCCGAUGAUUCGCGGGUUACGCACUUUAAAACAGGCGAGAGCGUGCGAUCGAUGGUUGUGGAGAAAAACGCCGUCUUCAUGAUUGAGAAUCGACUCCGCGAUGCAAAGGAAAAGACGUAUGCAACUACGACUUCGGAGGCAGCGAAGGAUGUGUUGGAGAUGAUUUGUGGCGUCAAUCGACAUGAGCUAGGGUAUUUAGAUGCAAGGAAACGCAAGAAUUCAGUCCUGCUGCACGACAUUGUGCGCCGCAAUGUGCUGAGACAGGAACUGGAUUGGUCGGAGGCUAGCGCGGCAAGGAAGGCGGUUGACUUGCUCAACUUUGAAGGCUUGGAUCCGCGUUUGAUUCCGCAUGAGAAAGGCAGUGCGAUUGCAGAUAGUCGCGCUGUAGUGCGAGAUAGUUUACAGCUCUUGUAUGGAGCGUGGGAGCGGGCGGUGGAGACGCUUUCAGUUGCGAAUGUUGAAGGCGCCUCGCUGCAGGUCAUACGGGCUUCGAAAAGGCUCGAGGAGCAAUUGCAUGAGGAGAUCUGCAAUCAGCCCUUGUCGGAAGAGAUCUUGCUGAAUGCUGAAGUGGAAGGUCAGGACGUGAAGAAACCUAACAAUGUGGUGUGGCUGUUCUAUUUGAUGUAUGCGAUUCUGCCGGUCAUUGCCGGUGGCAUGUUUGGUUUCACAUAUCAUCAGCGGAUGCAGAGGAAUAUACAGGAGCGAAGUGCAAUCCUUGGGGAGAUUCCUGUCUCCUCUCCAAGGCACAAAUUCGUACCACCGUCCACAGGUCUAUGGUUCAGCACUCUGACAAACUCUGACAAACCCAAAACAAACUAA